AAGACGAUAUAGCGACAAUUCAGGAAGAACUUGAUAUUGUCGGUUAUACUAAUCAAGAAAUGGCAGAAGAAGCCGAUAAAAAUGCAAGAGUGUACCUCCGAAAGUUUGAAGAAUUUCAUGGUCCCUUAGAAGAUGUUCCAA